GUCAAACUUGGAUCAAAUGUCAACAAAAAAUAUUGGGCGUUGCCCAAGAGUUUGAAAUUGGAUCAACGAAUGAAGAAGACCCGUCGGCUCAAGAGCGGUAAAUGGAACGACUUGACUGAUAUGCGUUGGAGGGAAGAGUGGUUUGCCGUCCUGGUGAAAGAGCGCCCGGUAUUGGAACGGCCAGGUAUCACUGUCAUUGGAGAGGUGAUUGGGGCCGAGUCAGAUGGCCUACUAAAGGAGGCACUCGAUGGCAUGGUGGCUGGGGGAGUGCAUCUGUGCCCCGAGGAUCCCUGUCCAUUGGCCUUCGAUGGAACUAUAGGGAUUCAUGCCACUCGCGUGAGGUCCUGGGCACUCCAGAAGUUCGCGGCCGACUACUUGAGUCGGAGUGGGAAGGCCGCCCUCAAGAAGGCCAUCCGACGCUGUCAAGCCCCCUUCAGAUGGCCGGCGUGCUGCGGCAGCUCCCAAGCGCUCAAGGGCGCCAGCCAAGGUGCCUUCCAAGCGAAAGCGCCCAGCCGCUGCUGGAGAGCGGGUGUCCCCUCGGAUGGCGAAGAGCUGGAUGGCGAGGCAGAUGCUACUGGUCCCGACAGAGCAGCUCUGCGCGACAAGCUCAGGGAGACCCGGGAGAGAAUCAUAGGGUCGACCACCCCCCUUGGAGCGCGACGCCGGUGCGACUCGUGGGUUAGAGGGUCUCCUCCCGCCCGGCUGGUGGCUGGGACCUCUCUGUCUCCUGACCAGUCCACCCCGCUGGCAUUGGCGCCAUUGGCGCCAUUGGCGGGUACAAGAGCGUGCGGCGUGCAGACAAAUCAACAAGCCAGCAAGCGGCGCAAGGACAAGAAGGACAAGGGAAAGAACGACGGAGUGAAGGCCCUGCUCGACCUUUUGCAGGGCAAGAAGAAAAGGAAAAAGAAGAAGAAGAGAGAUCGCAAGUCAGAUCGCGAUCAGGAUGGACCUUCUUGGAGGAGCUUCGGAAGCUCAAGCAGAUCAAGGAAGCGCCGGCAUCAAGACUCCAGCGACGAGGACAGCGAGCUGAGCAUCGAACCUCCUCUACGUCGCAGAGCAGCCAAAGAACCGGGCUCGGUCAUGGCCAUGUUGGUCAAACAUGCCCAAGACCAGCUGGACAAGGGCACCUUGUUGGAAACAGAAGGCAAGCUUCCCGAGGCAGCCAUCGCAGUUCAUUUGGCCGAAGACGGUUGGGGCACCGCAGCCCAAUUGGAGACGUACCCGCUGGAACCAGUCCAGGCGGCCUCCACAGGCACCAUGAAUCAUGCUCCAAGCACAGAAGCAUCGGCGCUUGGUCCAGAAGAGUCAAGGGAUGUACCCCUCGCGCUGGGGAGAGGGAGGCGUGAGGUGGCCGCUUCCUGUGAGUCGGAGGCACUGAAUUCGAUUGGAGCUGGGACUGGUGGCAUCGCUGGUGGAAACCGGGCCGAGGUUUCACAACUUUAUGAUUUGGUCGCGAUGACCCCUGUGGAAAGUUUCUGCCAACCGCAUUUUGCGGAUAUUGCAGAUGAGGACAUUUGGACGGCCUUGAGCAUCCUGGCAUGCAAUCAAUGCGUGUGCUGGCUAUGGCCGUGCGUCAUUGCAGAGAAAGCCGUCUGCUGCGAAUUGCAUGGUGGUUCGAUGCUGGAGAUCUGGUUUGUGAGGGAACUCGUCGAUGGUUUCUUGAUCACCCUGAGGGCGGCGCUGCCCUCAUGGCUGACUAGCACUUGCGAAGAGGCUGUGGUUUAUGGCUUCACCUUUAAGGUGAAGUAUGUGGCGGAAAAUGUAGCCAGCAUGGACGCAGAGGCUGAACAGGAAAUCAUUGAGGACGAUCUGGAACCUAUGGAUGGAGCUGAAGUCAGGGAAAAGGACGACUGCGCCACGAAUGUGUACCUCGUGAUUGUGCACGUCGAGAGCAGCGAAAAUCCCACGACGAUGCCAGUCGUUCCUAGUGGAUGGCCAGGACAAGCCUCUCGGCUGGAUCGCCGCCGUGCCAGAGAGGCCAUUGUCUUGGAAGAGGUUGGCAUUACGGCAGCAACCUUGGAGCGCUAUUACACGGCCGUUGCUCGUAUGCUGCCAAUCUUGGAUGAUGUUAUGACUGAAGUCAGCUUGGAUGAAGCCAUUGCUGACUGGAUACAGGAAGAGUUUUCAGACGGUUCACCUCUCCACCUUACUGGAGAUGCUUUGUCAGGAAUUCAUCACCUCGAGCCCUCGACACGCCGCAAAUUGCCGAAGGCUUGGAGGCUUUACAGUAUCUGGCGUCGAUACAAAGUGCCUUGCAGGGCACCCCGCCUGACGCAAGACAUCACCCUUCCGAUGGCUGGGUGGUGUAUCGAAGCCCAAGAGCUUACCAUUGGAGCUUUGCUAGCGGCUUCUAGGGUUUCACUGCCUUUUACGCACUGGAGAAAUCCUUCAGGUCAGACCGUGAGAGGUGGAGCAACUUUUGAGAUGCAGUCACAUCGGUUGAUGGAGAAGACUUUUUACUACGUGGCAGAUGGUGAAACUCUGGUGUGGCUCUACCAUGAGCCAGUUGCAUGGAAGUGCUGUGGCACUUCUUUCAUUGUUUGGUUCCGUGGCAUGAACCUUUUGCCAUGGUUGCAAGACCAUGGCAGCAAAAUGGAACGCCUGCUUGAGCCCAAAGAAGGCAGCGGAAACAGCGACAGCUUUGAAGAAGUUUUGGCACCAACCUUCCUGAGGAAAAGUGCUCUUGUGGAUGAGGACAGCUUCACCCAGAACCUGUACAAGGAUGGCAGCAGCAAUUGCUGCUUUCCAGCUUGCAAAGCUGUUGGCCCAUGUAGCUGGGAGCUCUGCCUGCUGGGCCAGAGCAGUCAAGACACUUUUGGACAAGGAUCUCCUGAGAG